CUCGAUAAAACUUUUUGCUCUUUUGAGACCCCUCCUGUAGAGAUGCUUACUGGCUUAAGUCUUGUGGAAGCAGCCUCAGUAACACGUCCCCUUGGAGACUAGCAGGAGCAACACGUGAUGCGUCUUACUUAUCAGGUUAGGGGAGAGGAGAGAGCUGCGCUUUGGGGACGGUCAGAGAGGAUAGCGAAAUAAGUGUUUUCCUCUCGUCUCUGGACUCUUUCUUCUAUCUUCCUUUUUAGGAAUUUGGAAGAAAGAGGGGGGAACAAAGUUGUCGAACUUUGCACAUCCUCAGAAACGCCAUUUUGAUUCCUCUCCGGAACAACUUUGCAGCUUCUUUUUUUUUUUCUUAGCCCAUCAUCACCAUCAUCAGUAUGUCUCGGCGUAAGCAGCCCAACCCCAACAAAGUCAAACUGUGAGCAGUGGGGUGCUGACACUCGAGGUGGGCAGGCAGGCAGGCCGUGGUCUCCCACCCAGGCCCUGAGCUCCGAGCCCAGACGCGUUUUUGCCCUGGUCUCUCGACGGUGAUGGAGAGCGCCACAGAAGACAAGCGUCCGGGGGGAGGGGUGAGCGCUGAGUUGAGCACUGUAGAGACUGAGCAUUCUGAGGGGCAGGAAACCCCCGACUCCACACACACACAGGACGAGCACACAGGGAGUAAUGGAGCUAUGGAGGAAGGAGAGGAGGAAGAUGAAAAUGGAGAGAAUAUGACAGAGGGCGUGGACUUGUCAUCCAUCAAUGCCAUGCUGUCAACGGUGAUGAACGCAGGCCAGCUCAACGGCGCCAUGGAGCCCUCCUCAGCCCCUGCCUCAACACCUUCCAUCUCCAUUAGCAAGACCACCCCACCCAGACCCACUAGUGUCAAUCGCAAUGCCAGGAGAAACACGGAAGCCAAAGACGUCAAUACAGAUUUCAUCUGUCCGCUGUGUGACAAAGACUGUAUGACCCAGCACCAGCUCACUAUGCACAUCCGACAGCACAACUCGGACAACGGGGCGACGGACCACUCAUGCAGCAUCUGUGGCAAGGCCCUGAGCUCAGCCAGCUCGCUGGACCGCCACAUGCUAGUGCACAGCGGAGAGAGGCCCUACAAGUGCUCCUUCUGCGGCCAGACCUUCACCACCAACGGCAACAUGCACAGACACAUGAAGAUCCACGACAAAGACCCAGCCGGCGUCAUUCCUAUUAGCCCCCCCUCGCCCACCAAGCGACGCCGCCCCUCCGCCAAGAGGAGGUCAGCCAUGGACGAGGACACAGAGCGAGGCGACGAACUGCCCAACAAAAAGGUGCCAGAGGAGAGUGUGUUGGAGGAACUGGGAUCAGGCCAGGGGGAUGAUGAGGUGUUGCCGUGCCCGAUCUGCUUCAAGACCUUUGGCUGCAAAUACGACCUGGAAGUCCACAUGGACACACACCCUGACACCACUCUCAGGUGUGACCUGUGCUGCCUCUCCUUUCGGACCCACCGCGGCCUGCUGCGGCACAACGCCGGCAUCCACAAGAAGAUGCCCACGGACCCCGGCGGACGGCCCUUUAUCCAGAACAACCCCUCCAUCCCCUCUGGCUUCAACGACCUGGCCUUUAUCGACUUCUCCUGCCGCAAGUUUUCUCAUAUUGCCCAGGUCUGGUGUGAAACCAAUCUCCGCCGGUCCACCAGCAAGUUCCACCGUUUUGUGUGCGAGGCCUGCGACAAGGCCUUCCCCCUACACUCGGCCCUAGACCUGCACAAGACCACCAUUCAUCAGCAGCAGCAGCCGUCGCCCAUAGGGGGCGGCCAAGAGAUCCCUGCGGUCCAGGAGAAGCCGACAACCCCGCCCCCUCAGCAGGCCAGCUUCCUGGAAUCCCUGGGUCUGCAGCACAUUUCCCAGGUCAAGCCUCAGCCUUCUGAGGAUGAGGUCCGUCAAGCCCAGCUGGACAGUAUCCGGGUCAUCCAGGUGGGGCCUCCGGACUCCACCCUGCCCCAAGAGGCGGCUUCCACAGCUUCUGGAUUUCUGGGCGGCCUGGGCUUGGUGGCUGCUUCGUCUCUGCAGGGCCUGUCCCAGAGGGAGGCCCUCAGUCUGUUCUCCCUGCAGCCCUUCCCCACGGGCUUCCUCUUCCAGCCGGACAGUAGCACUGCUGUCAAGCCUGUCUGUGGCGAGGCUGGCCUGAUUGAGCUGGCUGACAUCCAGCAGAUCCUGAAGGUGGCCUUGGCCGUCCCCGGUCAGAUGGGCCUCCUACCGACACUGGCCAAGGCACCACACCAGGGAGUGUCCGGCCAGGCCCAGGCGGCCAGCUGCAAGCCCAUGCCCCCGCUGAAGCCAAAGCCUAUGGUGGCACCGCGCUCCAGUCCGGCUGCCUCCACGCCACCGCCGCUCCAGAGCACCCAGCAGGCUUCCCUGGGCUGUAUCAGCCCCAGCCUGCCCCCGCCACCCAGCCAGCUGCUCAAUAUGCCCCAAGACUCUUCAUCAUCAUCAUCAUCAUCAUCCUCCUCUUCCUCGGGCAGCCAGGCCUCCCUGGAGAAGAUGCAGAUGGAGGCGGACUGCAUGGGCGAUGCCCACAUGCCCAACGACUUGACGGAGCUGCAGAUCAAACAAGAGGAGGGCCAGGCGGCCGGGGGAAAGAAGGGGUCAGGAGGGGCCAACCGCGGGGGUGCCAAGGCAUCCUACCCCUGCCGUUUCUGUGACCAGGUGUUUGCCUUCUCCGGGGUGCUGCAGGCGCACAUGCGCUUCCACCUGGGCAUACUACCGCACCAGUGCAACAUCUGUGACUACGUCGCACCCGACAAGGCCACGCUCAUCCGCCACCUGCGCACGCACAGCGGCGAGCGCCCCUAUGUGUGCCGCGUCUGCCACUACCCUUUCACCGUCAAGGCCAACUGCGAGCGCCACCUGCGCAAGAAGCACAUGAAGAACACACGGAAAGAGAUUGAGAAGAACAUCAAGUACGUCUCGUCAACCACCACCCAGGAUCCUUUGGAGCUGGUUGCUGCCGGCGACACCGCCUGCCGCUUCUGCGGUGAGGAUCUAAAGAGCUACCGGGCUCUCCAGAUCCACCUGCGCACCCACAACGGCUGCCAGCGCAAGCCCUUUGAGUGCCGGCGGUGCGGGGCGGCUUUCCUGGCCAAGAGGAACUGCAUCCACCACAUGCUCAAGCAGCACCCAGAGGUGCAGGAGCGGGAGAUCGAGGAGCACAUCGCCACCCUUCUCCCCGCCAUCACAGCCUCCACCUCCAGGGCCAGUCCCAGCAACCCUCUGGCUCUCAACGGCCUCACGCCCAACCCCACUGCCACCCUGCAGCCGGUCAAGGUGGAGGAUCUCAGCAUCUACUCCUCCUCUGGUGACCUGGAUCAGCCCUUGGACUUCUCCAACAAGAGCCGCGGGACAAGCAGCACUGCGGGGAGCCUGACCGGGUCUCCUGGGAUCAAACUGGAGACGGUCAGCCCAGCAGCUUACGACUGCUCCAUGGAACCUAUUGACCUGUCCAUCCCCAAGAACCCCAGCAAGAGGUUGAAGACAGACACCACCGCUGUUGCCCCGGUGAGCGUGGAGCGCAGAGAGAUCAAAAAGGAGCUGCCCUUCCCCAGCGUACUGGACCACCUCCCCUCAGCCCUUCAGCUGGAGAAGAGCACUGAGGAGAAGCUGACGACCCCCCAGUCUGGCUCUUACCAGCUCCCCCCAGUGACCCCGUUCUCCAUUGGCACCACCACAGGCCGGGCGCUCCGUCUCAAGCCCCUAUUGCCCAAACCAGCCUCUACCUCCUCAUCCUGCUCUCUGAAAGAGCUUCCCCCUUUGGCUUCCAUCGCCCAGAUCAUCUCCUCUGUCUCGGGGGCUCCAGACCUACUCAAGAGGGAGCCAGAUAACAAGGCUCCUGCCGCCCUCAACGGCCUCCAGACAGAACCGGACCGUCCAGCUGGGGGUGACAACAGCUCAGAAACAUCGAUGGAAGAGCUCCCCCUAGAGGGCUUGUCCAGAAAGCGCACUAGAAAGAAGCCAGUGAGCCAGGCCAAGACUAUGGCACCUGCAUGUGUGUCCACGCUCGAGCAGAACACAGGCAGUGGCUUGGACCUGGAAUCCAGUGGUGAGUUCGCCAGCGUGGAGAAGAUGCUUGCCACCACCGACGCUAACAAGUUUAGCACCUACCUGCAGACGGGGGCGGCGGAGCUGGGAAGGCGAAACGAGGGGAGACAGAGCCCGGGAGAGGAGAAGGAAGAGAAAGAGUCACCACCUCAGUCUGUGCCGCCCCAGUCCAAAGGAGGGAAGAAGAAUGCCUACUCCAACUCAGUGCAGAAGAUGACCUGUCCCUUCUGCCCCCGGGUCUUCCCCUGGGCCAGCUCCCUGCAGAGACACAUGCUCACACACACUGUCUUCUCUAAUGUGCUGUCGGCUACAGGUCAGAAGCCCUUCCCCUGUCCCAAAUGUGACGCCUUCUUCUCCACCAAGUCCAACUGUGAGCGCCACCUGCUGCGCAAGCACGGCGUGACCAAUCGCUCUCUGCGCCGCAACGGCCAAGUAUCCAAGAACGGCGAUGAGGGUUCACACGACAGCGCAGAGAGUUCCGAGAAUGAGCAGACUGCAGGAGAGGUUUUGGAUCUGAGCAGCAUGGACCCUGAUCAGAAAGGCGACGCAUACGAGUCGCCAAACGCAGACCAAACACCAGACAUAGCUGAGCAGCUGCUAGGGGAGAUAGAACCGCAACCUAGCAACAACAAAACCAACAACAAUUAUGAAAAUGAAGACUAUGAUGACAAUGAUUCACAGAGCAACAAGAGCUUGGACCUCAACUUCGCCAGCAAGCUCAUCGACUUCAAGUUCUCGUCGGAUGGCGAGCAGCCUCAGACCUCCCUGGGUGGAGAAAGGGUGGUGGUGGCCGAGCCGGAGAGGGUGAUUGACGUCCAGCAGCAGGACCAAGAGUCCUCCAAGUACACCUGCAAGAACUGCAAGAAGAACUUCCGCUACGCCGCCACCCUGGCUCGCCAUGAGAAGGCUCACCUUUGUGAGAGUGCACCCCCCGAAGAGGCUUGUGGAACGGAGGGGACCGUGCCAGGCACAGAGCUCCCCAAUGCUACUACAGCCACCACCGAGGAGGAGGAUCAGGAGGAGGAGGGAGAGAAGGAGGCUCCGGAAAGCGAGGGAGCGGGAAGUGUGAUGGACAGCGGCUCGGAGGAGGAGGAGAAAGAGAAGGAGGAGAGGAGCGAUGAGGAGGGGGGCUUGGCAGAACCAAAGAACGGAGAAGGAGAGGUGGGAAGAGGGUCGGGAAGCAAAGCAGACAAGAGGAAGAAGAUCUGUAACGUGUGCAGCAAACGCUUCUGGUCACUGCAGGAUCUGACGAGACACAUGCGCUCGCACACAGGCGAGAGACCCUACAAGUGCCAGACGUGUGAGCGCACCUUCACCCUGAAGCACAGCCUGGUGAGGCACCAGCGGAUCCACCUGAAGCCGCGGGGCAGCGAUGGCGCUGAUGCCAACGGGGCAGAGGCCCCGGCCGGAGACUCGGCUAGCGAGGAGGGAGAGUGCACCCCAACCAGCACAUGUCCUCCUUCAGAGAACGAGAGCGAGGGCACUGGAGUGGCCAGGGAGGGAGCUGAGAAAGAGGCCCCUCUACCAGGCUCCACAUCCCCGGACCAGUCCCUGUCCACCACUGAACCAGCCCAGUCUGAGUCAGCUACGGAGGCAGUGGCUGAGCUGCUCAUUAAGCCAGCCUCGGAACCAGGCUCGGAACCUGUUCUGGGCCCAUCUGUAGAACAGGCCUCGGACAACGUCUCUGAAAUAGCUGUAGAACUAGCUGCUGUAGAAUCAGCCUCUAUAACAGCUAGUAAUACAGCCACUGAACCAGCAACAGAAACCCCCAAAGAAUCCUCCACAGAGUCCCCCACCCCACAGCCCUCUGAUGUAACCCCAGAGAAAGACCCAGAGGGCCCAUCGGAAGGCUUCAUCCAAGGCCUACUGGAGAUCCACACCAAGCCUCCCCGGGAGUUCACCCUACCUGCCGGCGAGGCUCCCUUGGUGGGCGUGGAGUGAGGAAGCCCCAGUCUCUGGUUCUCUUUACGCAGUGGACCACUGUAUGUGCCACAGUGCCAUAAGAUAGAAGUACCCCCCCCCCCAAUAAUGCAAGACGAUGAAAUCAAGAAGAAACACCUUGUUUCUAAGUGCCUUACUACUUCUAUUUUUUAUUUUUUUUGCUAUAUCUUUAUCUACAUUUAUCUACGGAGGAUCUAAUUUUAUAGCUUUUUAUGAUGAUUACAUAAUUGUUUUUGGAGUCUAUAUAGAGAUGACCUUUGAAUAAGCAAUAAAUGAAAUCUCAUUUACCAUGACCGAUUUAUGACAUGAUCAAGUGUGUGACAGACGUAAAAUAACCGUUAUUGUGUAUUUAAACCACAGUCGUACCUUAAAAACAAUGCAGAGACUGAGUCAGUUCACAGCAGUGGAGAUAGUCACUCAUGUAACUGGAAACACCGCUAAAGCAGACAACUAUCAGGCUGUCAUAAAGUUGUCCUGAAAAAAGACUGGCGUUGUUCUCUCUCCUUCGUCUUGAUUUACUCCCUCAUCCCUGAUUACCAACGUCUACAGUCUCUCUUUUUGUUUGCAGAAUACAUGAAUGAACUGUGACGUGAUUUGGUGUGAGGGGACAGGUGACUCAAAGAAAACAGACUUGACAAUGGAUAACCUGGCGCAACCGAGAACUCUGCUUUUGUCUUUGGUUUUUAACAUGCCCUCUUCCCAUAGGCUCUCUAUCUUUUCAGAAGUAAUAUGGGCAAUAUUUGCCUGAACAGUGUGUUUUUUCAGAAUCAUUCUCAUUUAAUUCCAUGUGCGUUGACCAUGUUGCAUUUGGAGUAUUCUGUGUGUUAUUCGCUCAGGUGUCGGUGGGGGGAUAUAAGGUUUUUGCGUAAAUUGAGCUUUUCCUGAACAAAAGGGCUUGAUAUGUGUAUCUCCCCCAUCUCUCACCGUCACCCUCUAGUGUUCCUAGAAACCUCUCUCGGAGGUCCCAUGUUGUCUGUACUACCACCAGUGUGUCGAGCUUGUGUCCACUUUCCCCUCUUCCCUAGUGGCAACUCAUUUUCUUGCCGCUAAUUUAGGCGUCUUCCAAAAGGACUGUCACUGUGUUCUUAAAGCCUUACCUGUGGUUCUGCUGGGUUAUUUUAUAUGCAGAACUCACCUCGUGCUCUAGGUGGAACACUACUCAGUUUUGUCUACUUUAACUUUAGUCGCCCUGCUGCCUCCCGUUUGGGCAAUACCCCCCCUUCCAUCACCCACCUCACCCCCCCCUUCCACCGCCCCCUUAGCCCAAGAGUAUAUUUCCGAGGUGGGACUCAAAUGUCAAUCAUGUCACCUUGCAGGGCUGAAUUUUGUAGAAAUGUAUUUCCUUAUUUUCCUUCUAAUUUUCUAUAAAGAAACCUCAGAAGCAAACAUAUGAAACCUCAUGGCGCACAUAUGAACUGUAAGACGCAGGCAGCAUCGGCUGGAGGCUGACGGACAGCCACAGAGCAGAGAGCACUGGACUAGUCAGGCGCCGCCGGACAACUACCCAUCUGGCACUAACAACAUACAAACAAACCUACUACUACUACGACAAUAAACGACUAAGCAAUCAGAGAGAGAAUGAACCGAAGUGAAUUUCUGAGCUGUGUUUGGAACUUCAACGUAACACAGAGUAUUAAGUGGGGGGGUGUUGACAGGUGGUGAAGCUGCUACUCCAUGCAGAAGACUGUCCUUUAGUGGCUGUACCCCGGUAUCUCCCCCAUCCCAACCCUGCUCUCAGGCACUGGGAAAGUAUUGGCAGACUAGAAUGCAAAAUGCAAUCCUGUCCUCAAAAAACACUGUCAAGGGACUCUGCUUCUCUCAUUUGUCCCUGUGUGGGUGUGUGAUUAUGAGUCCCAUAAGAAUGCACAUGGACUGUUUUUAUUGUAUUUAUUUGGAAACCCAGUGAGGGGUGAAGAGAUGUGACUUGAGGAGAAGCCAUUUAUGAUUACGACAUUGAUGCUGCAGAGAAUAAUGGAUUCAAAUCCACAAAAUGGUCGCCCAGCAUCGGCCUGGAACUUCGAUUAUCACUAUUGAUUCUAAAGCUUUAUGUACACCAUUGUACGUGUUUUAUAGACUAUGUGGAUCUAUUUUCUUUUCUUUUUUAGUUUGGCAAAGAUUUUUUUUUUUCAGAUAUAUAAAUAUGUAUAAAACUGUGAAAUUAAUUGUGUAUAAUGGGUGAGUUUUAGGUUAGUUUUGCAUGUAAACCUUUUGUUCAAUUAAGGAUUUUCUUUUUUUCUCUCGCUCUCAGGGUCUUUAUAAAAUGCAUAUUCAAUACUUCAUUUUCCUGAGUUGCAAGAAGUUCUUCCAAGUCAUGAUUUUAUUUGUAAUGCUUAACUGUCAAUCACUACAUUUAGCACUUGAUUGUGAACUCAAAUCAGGAGAACAGAGAAAAUGAUGUGCGCAAAAAAUGUGCUCAAAUCCUCGUGGUUGAAAGCGUAGUCAAGACUAUUUUCAUCAGCAUUCUUUUUGAACGGUAUACACAUAAACAAGGUGUUUUUCCUUCUUUUUUUUCUCCUUUUGAUUCUUAAUUUUUAUCCCUCACUUCAAAUUUCUGUCACCCUUGACCAUAUUAUCCUCUGUCGUUUUGAAGAGGAAAUCAAGUCGUGACUCUGUAAAAAAACAAAAUGAAAGUGGCUGUCUGUGUCACUGUCUGACGUUCUGACCCGUUGUGAAAGGGAACUUGGCGUCGCUGCUACGGCCACACCAGAACUGACCAGAUAAAAGGACCUGGAUCAGAACCUUCAAUGUUAGCUACACUGCUCCCUCCCUUCUGGUAUUACGGCGCUUCAGAAUCAGAAAUGUAAGCUGUUCUGUAUUGAAUAAAUGAAAGCAAUAAAGAUAUAUUAAGGAAAGGUGUGAAUCAAA